AUGGCGUUUGUUUCGUUUAAAUCGGGGUUUAAUACGGCCAUAAGACAAGAGAAAUUUACCACCAAAUGCGCGGGAAAUUUUGCAAAAUUGGCCCAACACCCUGCUAACAAACGGGCCAGUUCACCCACCGCGGCGGUUACCAUCCACCGCAACGCUUGCAACAGACGCCACCAUGUACGGAUGGGGGGCGUUGAUAUUCAGGGAUUCGGGGGAAGUUCUGGCCGCAGGCAGUGUGUGGGAGCAUUCGCACCUCACAUGAUAUCGGAAGCACGGUUGCGUGUAGUUAAUCUCGCAUUACGCGAUUUAGAACACAACUAA